CCUGCUGGCAGCAACACUCACCUUUCCCGCCGGUAGGUCCGUGCCCGCGCCCUGAAAUCUACCUGGUCACCCUGCCCGUAAUGCCCUUUCUUUCUCCUCAACUUAUUACCUGUGCUCCUAUUCACCUGGUUGGAGAAGCAGCAGCAGCAGAGCCAGGAGUGAGCAACCAGAGAAACCGUAUAAGCACCAUCAGGAGCAUAAACAUCAGCAAAAUGUAUUAAGCCAACACCAUUAACGGCAGGGAUGCAUACAUAAUCACCGGGAAACAAAAACGAUAGUACAGAAUCUAUAUAUAAAUACGAGCUGUCGAACCUGUAAGAAAAGAGCAAGAUUUUAGAGCAAGAUUUAGAGCAAGAUUAUAGGUACGAGAUUUGUACAUACCUAAGCCUCCCAAAGAAAAACUCCUACAUUAGCAAGCGGUCACUCAAGCUAACGUUCAAGAGGCGCAAAAGAUCAAAGGCUACAAGUUGUGUCCUCGUCCUCAAGAUGCCUCUGGACGUUCGGUUGUUCCACUCGGGCGUCGGGAAUAUGAAGAACAUGUUUGACCAGAAGGUUGAGCAGCACAAACAGGCGCAACUCGAGAACCCUUUCAGCGAGUGGGAAGGCGCCGGCAGGGUGAGGAAGCUCUCCAAGGAGGACAUUGGCUACGGCAGGCCAGCCCCGGGGAGCAAGUCGGAGCAGCGGAGCCAGAUAGCGCAGGCCCACGUCAUGAUGGAGAUGCGCUACCUGUGUGACAUGAUCUGGGACUGCGCGGAGUUUCGGUGUCCCGACGGGCGGGCUGCGAUCACCUUCGGCAGGCUCUUCAAGCUGUACAUCGCCAUCUCGGACAAGGUCGUUGGCACCCUUCUGCGCGCCCGCAAACACGGCUUCGUCCACUUCGAGGGCGAGAUGUUGUACCAGCGGCGUGACGACGACAAGGUGAUCGAGCUGAAGCGGUCCAUCAACACCAUCAGGGCGAGGUUCGGCCAGAAGACGGGUGUGGUGGGCGGCGGCGAGGUGGAGCCAUGGGGCACCGUGGAAGACAAGGAAGAAGUCUCGCAAAGCUCCAUCGUCAGGAGGAACUCGACGCCCGGAGGCACGCAGCGGCAGGCGCCCCUGGCAGAGGGUCCCAGCGUCAGGCGACACUCGAUGCCUCACUCUUCCAGGUCCCUUACGGCCUCCCCGGAGCGGCGGGUGGAAAGGACUAUCUCACUGGAGGACAAGAAGACAGCUGAGGACUGCGGGGCGGAGGGCGCGUCCCUGCCAUGCCAUGGCAUCACCAUCACCUGCGAUGACACGUCCGAUGACCUCAUCGAGAAGCUCCACACCGAGAUCGAGAAAAACUGCCACCUGCUGGACCCUGACCUUGACGCCAUGCGGGGAAGGAGAUCACGCUCCGCCACGCCGACGCCCAUGGACACUAUCCUUGAGGACGGGGUAGACAAGGCGCGGGAGGCCAAGCAGCGGGUGGCGGCAGCGGCCACGCCACGUGUCGAGGCACCAAACGAAACCAGUGAGUCCUCGUAAUGCCCACGAGGCAAGGCGACUGCCAGGUAAAGAUAGCUUAAGUUAGUGUUAAGGUGACGAGUGUCUUAUCUAUAAAGUAACCUUUAGAAGCUAGACGGAUAACACGUGUAGGGGGCCAUCACUCUCUUACUGAGGUUAAUCUUUCAAAACAAUGCCAUAAGGAACCACUGGUACAAAAGUAUAAAUAAAAAGAUGAAACUAUUACGUAGACUUAUAUAGCACUGUGCCUAUAAACAUCCCGGGCAUUGGUCACCUUAGCAAGAUGAUACCAGUGAUGGCCGGUGUCCCUCGCCUCCCACUGCUGCGUAAUCUUAAGUUUCCUCCCCAGGUGCACUUAAGCCUGAUGGCGGCCGGUACAUCCUGCCUUCCCUGCCAUGCAUCAUAAAGCUACGCUGAUGAUGCUUAGUGCCACGCGUAGCUUUGAUGGUUGAGCGGCGACAGAUACUGAUAAGACGUGGAAAAAAGUGACAGGAUUAGUCAUAUGUGUCGGAGUUGUUUGUGAGUCUGUUUUAGGGCUUCAUAAAUGAUCCGUGAUGGCCUGCAGUGCAUAGAAUCUCUGGGUGUCUGUUUGAGCUGUUGUGGAGGCUAAGGUAGGGCGGAACUUGGAUUAGAACACCGGAUUUGGUGAUAGGAAUUUGAUAUGUGGCACUGGUGGAGGCUUAUGGUCGUCGAGGUAACAGAUUAGCUUCGGAUGUUGCUAAUAAACUUUAUAUACCGUCUUGUCACCUCGGCCGGGGUUGGGAUAGCGGUGGUCACAUUUAUCUUUACUUUUGUUGAGUGUUCUCCUUGAAGUGGCGGCCAGUGACUCGCGGCUUCAUGUCCCACCUGUCCGUCUCCUUCCCCUCGCCGCGGAAACUUGUAUAUUCUGCUGUUGUUACUGUAAUGACGGUGUAGAGAAAGUGGACGCCGCUCUAUAAAAGAAUGAAAGUAUGAUGCAGCAAAGACUUUCAAUGAGCCUUUUUUUUUCUAUUUGUAUUAGAAGAGUCAUCACAUAUUACCGCGAUUUUCGUUACUUGUGAUUGUUUAUUGUAUAUCGAAAAUCGGGAACGACUCACCAAAACAAAAACAAAAAAUAAAAUAAUAGAUCUAACAUGCUUUAGCUUUGCAUGUAUUUUGCUUGUGCUUGAAGUGCUAAGUCACCAUUACAUUCUCUUUCACUAUCUUUUUGGUGUCUUAUGAGAAUCAAUCACAUUCACUAAGACAAACCGUAAGAAUCAUGAACUAUUAAGUGUCUGAAGCUCAUGGCAUAUCCGCUUUUACAGGAGUGUUUUAAGUCAAGGUUUAUUAAAGUCUCACGGCUUGGCUUUGCGUAGGCGUGACGGCCGAGAGUCUAUUUGGGAAGCAACACAAACUCUUUCCUUAGGUCUGAAAAAUCGCUUGUGCCGAGCUUCAUCGGAUACAUGUUUUAAUCGUGAAAGAAAGAGGUAAAGUGUACAUGCCUCAGUUAAAACACAUACACACACACACACACACACACACACACACACACACACACACACACACACACACACGAGUUCACCCCUCACCUUCGCCCUCCUCGCCGCUCACAUAUAACCUUUGACACGGACUCCUUGUGCUGACCCCUGACUGACCUCUAUCAUUACCCGCUGCCGUCUAUGACCUCUCUGCCUCAAGCCGCGGGCACCGUCCUCACCCUUUCACCCUUGACCAACGCUGACUCGCAACCUUUCGCCUGUACAAUGAGUGAGGUGUCCGGUAUCCUCAUGUUACCCUCACCCACGCCAUCUUUAUAGUUUUGUAAUGCCCAAACACUCACCUUUCUCCUACUUUCGUUUCGUGUCCUCAUUGGAAUGCUGUGUGUCAUUGAACUGCUUAUCGUUAGUGUCCAUUUAUACAAAGAUCAAUGUGUCCACUUUAUAGUUUCCUUUCCUUUCACUCUCUCCACCCAUGCAUCUUCCCGCUCCACCGUCUUCCUUUAACUUCUCUGUAUGUACAUUCGGCUCCCUAAGCUUUAAUUUGCAUAUAUACAAAGGUUAAAGUCUUCCCUUCUCUUAUCCUAUCCUCCCAUGCACUGAUAUUGUUCUACAGUGUUCCCAUACUGAGCGUUUUCGUCAAUCAUUAUGUGUUGUUUUAUAUUUUCUACCUAUGGCUUAUGGUAAGUCGGUGUCCUUAAAACAAAGAGCAAAGUGUCUAUAGUGUUUCCUCUUGUCCUCUCCACCCACGCACCUCUACUGUUCCAUACGUCCUAGUACUGAGCCUCAUCAUUCGUUCAGAUCGUGUUCUUCCUGAUUCUUCCGGUUCCUAUAUAUAAAAAUAGAGGUCAUUGCGUUUCUCAUCCUGUCCUCCCACCAAGUUUUAUUGCUCCUAAUACCGAGAGUUUUAUUGACUCAUUUUAUGCUGUUUUCUAUUUUCUACCUUCGAUUUACUUAUCACAGAUGAUCAUAUGUGCAAAGAUCAAAGUUUCUGGGAUUAUCUUUUCUUAUUCUUUCCACCCACGCGUCUUCAGAGCCUCAUAAUGCCUUAAUACUCUACCAUUCCCUUCUAUUACGUCACCCUCUUCUUCUCGACACAGUUUUUACUUUCGACGUUUCAAUCAUCAGUGUUCAUACAGUCCCUGGAACUCGUUUAUCUUCUACACUUGUGCCUCAUUAAGUGGGGGAUGUGCAAUAAAGGUGGGAAUGGAAAAUGGGUGGGUGGUGAAGAAAGCACUGAGGUAAUGUGGGUGUGCUGAUAUAAUGAAAAAGGACAAAAUACGAUGAAAAGGUUAUGUCAAAAGUUUUAAGAAGAGAAAAUUAAAAAGAUGUAAAAAAUACCUGUAUAUUGUAAAGAAUUAUGAAUUGAAGAUAAAAGAGACUACGAAGAUGUAUGUAUGUUGAAAGAAGCAAAAUACAAGAAACUGAGAAAAAUGAUGUCACAUGAUUUUAUUGAAGAACAAGGACAGACUGUGGAAUACUUCGACACAGUAGGGAAAUGUGUGGAAGAAUGGGGAAUGAAUGUGGGAGAUACAAGAGAUGAGGUUUAAUACUCAGUAACAGUAAUAGACAAUUUUUAAGGCAGAAUAUGGUAACUUCUUUUUAAACUAAAACCUCUUGACUGACUUCAUAUUUCAAUAGACUGCAAUGAAUAGGUGUGCACUCACGGACGAUUGGUGGCUGUUGGCAUUGUCGGGAUCUACGGUGGUGGCAGGUGAGUGCACAGUGAAGCCGACUGUACUAGGCGUUCUCUGUUUACAGUGUUUUCUUCAUCUUUCCCAAGGCAAGCUGAAAGAAAAAAAAUGUAGAUUGUCUCAAGUUAUAUACGAUGAAAACGUAAUGAAAAUCAACCUACCUCUUUUUAUCUGUCUGUCUGUCUGUCGGUCAGUCCGUCUGUGUCUGUUUGCCUAUCUGCAUGGGUCUGUUAAUCUAGCUGUCUGUCUGUUUGUCUCUUAACUUAUAUAUCUCUAUCUAUUUAAAAAAAAAGGCAAUGAAGACUAUAAAUCACAAAAUGUUCUCGGUUACCCUUGCAAUAAGUAAGCUGGCCCCAGCUUCUGUUACACGGGCGUCGCAAGGAAAACGAAUGUAAGCGAUCCAUUUUAUGGGAAACUCAGCAGAUUUACCUUUCUUGUAGGGGGUACCUUUGAAAAUUACACCAGCAGAUGCAUUUUA